UUGCUUCAAGGAGAGCGGGCAUAGCGCCGUACGUCUUGCUAGUGUCAUAACAAAAAGUCAACAUGGCCGCUGUGUCAGGCCCCGGAAGGCGUGGGCGGGGUGCGGCUUUGGGUGGAAACUGAAAACAACGUCGGGACUGCUCGCAGGUUCACAAGGUCAGCGUGACAGCGCCGUACCGCGACCUCUACUUCGAAGAAGGCUCGCCUGACGCCACCGCUUUGUCGUGUCAACUCGGCGGCUUGCUACGAUCACGGGUAAUAUGAUGAGACAUCGCCGCCUCGGAAAUGGCCCUAGCCGACGACGAAUGCCCGCGAGCCGACGGCAUUCGAGUCCGAAAACUGCGGAGAAAACUGCAGGACCUUCGUGAGAGAGCCGUCGCGUCCGGUCUGUCCGACGACGAUGUCUCGGCCGUCGUGGCCGAGGAGGUGGCGGCGGCGAACGAGUCCGCCGCGAACGUUUCGCCGUCGGUCAGCGGCGGCCUGCUGCUCAAAUGGGCCUUCAUCGUGGCCACCCUGGCGUACGUCUGCUUCAACCGGGGCCUUCCGGACCUGGCCAACGACCGGUGUCUCGUCUACCCCGGGGGCCUGUACCUGGAGUUCACGCGGCCCGUGCUGCCGUGCGACUUCUGCCGCUCGCCGACCCAGGUGACGGAGUUGACCGAGAUGAGCAAAGAGGAGUUCCUGCGCGUCGGCUACGCCGACAAGCCGAUCGUGCUCAGGGGCGGCGCGGCGCACUGGAGGGCGAUGCAGACGUUCAGCUACGAGUUCCUCCGCGACGUCUACCGAAAUACGAGCGGCGCCUUCGAAGAUAGCCGCCGCUACUGCCAGUUCUUGAAGUCCGCCACCGACUUCGAGGAUCUGGAGGACUUCUUCUCCAUGCCGGACUCGCGUGUUCACAUGUCGAGGCCGGAGGAAGAGCCGUGGUACGUGGGAUGGAGCAACUGUGACCAGAGGGUCGUCGCAACCCUGAGGAAGCACUACACUAGACCCGACUUCUUUCCCGAAGAUUCUGAAGCUAGCGUCAUCGACUGGAUAUUUAUUGGAUAUGCGGGAAAUGGAAUCAAGACACAUCUGGAUUACGUCCUCCGCCCGUCAUGGCAAGCUCAGAUCCGGGGAGCAAAGACCUGGACCCUGCUGCCACCACCAGAGUGCGAGUCGGUGUGCGUGCCUUCGCUAAAGGUCACCAUCAGGCCCGGUGACAUUAUAAUGCUGAAUACCAACCGCUGGUACCACAGCACACUGGUCGAGCCGGGCAACAUCAGUAUCACUAUUGGAUCAGAGUACGACUGAGGCUCGCAUGAUGCUUGAUGCCUCUGCCACAAGGGUGCAAGGAGUUGCCGCAGCCUCCUGUCAUUUUUUAUGCCAACCCAGUCACAUCAAAACCGGGGGUUACUGAGAGGCUCGAACUUUCCCAGCAGUUAGUUGGUCACAGCUUAUGGGGCAUAGUUAGGGUCACAUCAACUCUCCCUCGUGACACGUGUGAAAACUGUGAGUGAGGCGUAGGGUAGCAGCAGUGGCCAGCUAAAUUUGUCUACGCUCUAGCAAAAACAGGUAUGGCGCUGCUGCGGUGGACCACUGGCUCCCCAUGCAUUGUGUAAGUGACUGGGCAGACAGUGUAAAAAUAUAGUGGACUAUGGAAAUGACAUUAACUGCUCAAUGCCUUAACGUUUAACGUUUAAACGUUUAAUGCCAUUUGCAUGGUGCCACAUAGACAUACGUAACAACAUUAAAUAUUAAUGCUAGUGCAUUCUCACUACUGAUUUGGCCUUGAAUCCGUACACUCGCUCCCAACGUUAGCAGUGAUGGCUGCACUCAGAAAAAUACAUUUCUGAAGUAACCUGAAAUAUCUAACGUAAGAUACGUCUAGCAAUAAUGUAUUCAGUGGCAUUUAUUGAACUUCUGCUUGCUAAACACACUCAUUAAAAAAUAAUUUCACGAUUGGCAAACAAACUUACUGCAUUCGCUGCAGCUAUCAUCAUCACAAUGUAUAAUGUAAUUAAAAAUGUGGCCGUAGCAGCUUUAGAUAUAAUAGCAUUAGGACGCUUUAAAACCUUAGACUCUUGAUGGGCAUUGACCUCACCCCUGUGGCAUGAGCAUUAGGCUGGUCAAUGCCAACCACUGGUAAAACGUCACGGUGGAUAAGCCACGACAUCGAUAGUAUCGCCACCGGAUCAGAGUGCUGCUGAGGCUCGCCUAAUACUUUACGUUGGCUUGCACAGCAAGCACGCAGCAGCGGCUCUGUUGUGGCAGCUAGAGAGGUUACCUUGCCAAGACGGGAACUUCGCAAGUCAACUAUGAAUAGUUUUGCUUGCACCGCAUUAUUGGAAAUGCAUAUGUGUGGCCUACUGCUUUGCAUGAGUACGAGUGCAUUGCCUUAAUUCUAUUAGCAAAGUAUGCCAUCUCACAUAUAAUCCAACGAACACUUGUAUUGUACCAUGGAGUAUGAAAAAAAGAACAGGAACUGCUACACUGCAACAUUUUUUACCAUAGGUAGUGCACCUCGGCUUACAGCCAAGUGUACUUUCAUUACCACUCCCUUUUCUCUGCACUACUGUGAAGGUAGAAUGCCAGAAUCUUUAUAAACUGUCUUUGAGCUUAGUAUGCAUGCCCCAGUUAAUUUGGCACAAGGUGUCACUGCUGCGUGCUGCUUGAAGAUAAAGUAUAUAAAGGGACAGUAAAGGCAAACAUUGCAUCUAUAUGCACUGGUUAGAUUUGUUCUGUGCUAUGAGAUGGCUUAGCUACAGAGAAAAUUGUGACUGAAAGAGACCGCACAGCUCUUCCACAAAUUUAGUUGCCCUAUGACGAAUGGAGUGGCUUAUGCAGGAAGCCUACAGUGUGUCAGAAAUCUCGGUAGCCAGGGGCGCUAACAGCGGCAAAAGUUAUGAACGCUAUAGACAGUCUCUUCGCUACGCUGCAGUAACUUAUACCUCUGCCCGCGAAGAUGACUGUGCCGUGCUGUGAAGUGUACACGUACGCAUUACACAGAAACAUUGUGCUGUGCAGCACUCAUCAUAUUUACCAUACCACCACCAUUCUUCCUCUUCACAUCCUGUCUCUGUUAUUCCCCAAUCCACUUUCCCUACGUGGUGUAGCAGGCUAGAGGCAUUUCACUCAGGCCGACCUUUCCACCUUUCUGCCAUUAAAUAUUAUCUCUCUCGGAAGCCAUGCUUUACCAGGUGCUGCGGCCAGCCUUGAGUCAAAGGUCCCUACGUGGAGGGUGCCAGUACGAGAGUUUUAUUCUUGGUAAAGGUUAUGCUUUGGUAACCUUGGAGUAGUACUAAUACAUCACCUUAUCUUGACUUUAUGUUUGCCUUUAUUGUCCAGACAGAUGCCUUCCGCACUAUGAGCCGUGUUGCUUUCAAAUGCAAGUCCCAAGUCUUUCACACAUGUUUGUAGUAAAGACAAUGCUAUUUUUGUAUCAUAAACAUGCAGCAUGCCAAAAUAGUUUUCUAGAAGGUCAUACAGCAUUGUUUCGCUGUACACGUCAACUGUUUAAUGUAGAACAUUCAUGCAUUCAAUGUUUCGACGAAAAGUGUGAGCUUGUUUGUCGUAGAUCUUGUAGUGUGGUGCGAGGUAGAGAUAAGCCAGUAGGUAUUGCAAGGUAUGCAGUGCUACCACAAAAAUGAGCUUUUUUUAUCUGGUGAUGUUUAGCAUGGACAGAUGCUUUCACUUUUGUAGCGGCCGCAAAUUACAGUGACGAGAGUUACGCCAGAUUUUGGUGGCCUUGACAUGGAGAUGAACUUCUUAUAAUGCCGUCGGAAUAGUCUUUACUCAGUGUCAUUUGAUGAUAGGGCGUUUUCCCAGUUAAUGAAAGUCCUUGACCGGUGGUCAGCUCAUCUUACUGUCGAGUUUCAUUUACAGUUCUUGUGCUUCCUGCGCACAUGUUCCAAUGCAAUAAGUCACCGGUUACACCAGGCAUUAUGCCCGAAAUUGUCGGGUUUUGGCAAUAACACAGUAUAAAACUGUUUUGUCAUUUCUGUGUGAAUUGUUGUGCAGUCGAACCUUGCUAUAACGAAUUCGUACUCAACGUGAAAAUACAUUCAUUGUAGCUCAUAUUUAUGGUAUCCAUUACAGGCUAAUGUCAGCGAGGAAAAUUUUAGAUUUACUUUGUUAUAUGCAAUAAUUUGUUACAUCUGUGUUUGUUAUAUCGAGGUUUGACUGUGUUAGUAUUUUUAUAUCUAGUCCUUUUGUACCAAAG